UGAAGAAGAAGUGAGUAUUCAUUCCAUCUAAACUCAUUAGCAAUUCCUUCUCACUGAAUGGAGUAUCACUAUUCUUAAUGCUCAAAUUUCUCCAGAAUGUGGUGGAUAUUCUGUGCGUAAACAUGUGCACUCAGACUUUGAAAGUUUCAUGGAAAAUUAUUAAUGAUAAAAUAGUUGUUUGAAACAGUCUUGCUAUGAUGUCCACCAUGACUUUGAACAUAGGUGCUCCUGUAAUGCUUGAACACACAUGGCUCAACCUAGAAAAGUUCAAACCAUGUUGUGGCUCAGAGACAUGAUUGUUGCCAUUAUUCAAAGAAAGAAACUGCUGAAUGACAGAAUGGACUUUAGGGACAUGGCAGUAGGAAUAGUGCUCUCAUUUGAGAUUCUACUUGGUAUUCUGGGAAACUUCUCCCUUCUUUUCUACUAUCUAAUCCUUUACUACAAAGAACACACAUUAAAGAUCAUAGAUAUGAUUCUUAUACAUGUGUUUACAUCCAACGCCUUGAUCCUUCUCUCCAAAGGACCCCCUGAGGUAAUGGGAGCUUUUGGGUCAAAGCAGUUAUUCAAUAAUGUUGGGUGCAAGCUUAUUUUAUAUGUUCAAAGAAUUGCCAGAUGUAUGUCCAUCACUACCACCUGUUUCUUAAGUGUCUUUCAGGCCAUCACCAUCAGUCCCAGUAACUCCUGCUGGAAGGAAUUUAAAGUUAAGACUACAAAGUUUAUGGGCCUGUCCAUUUCCUUCUACUGGGUCAUGUUCAUCUUACUAAAUAUGCUUUUCCCUUUAUAUACAGCUAGCAAUAGUAAUAGAGAAAAUAGGACACAAAAGAGUGAUUCUGAAUUCUGUCACUCUGGAGGCCGUGACAAAAUAGUAGAUUUAUUGUAUGCUGCAUUUUGCGUGUUUCCGGAAGUCUUAUUUUCUUUACUCAUUGUAGUUUCCAGCACCUUCAUGAUUGUCAUACUUUACAGACACAAGAAAAGGGUUCAACACAUCCUCCAUAAACAUGCUUCUCUUAGAAUCUCUGCUGAAAACAGAGCAACACAGACCAUUCUGGUCCUGGUUUUCACCUUUCUAGUGUUUAAUACACUCUCUUCCAUUUUACAUGGAUAUAUUGCUCUUUCACAUGAUCCCAAUUGGUGGGUAAUGAAUAUAACAGCAAUCAUAGCUUUGUGUUUUCCUACUUUAGGCCCAUUUGUGAUGAGUCAUGAUUUUACUGCUUCUAGAUGUUGCUUUACCUGGAUAAAAAUAAUAUAAACAUAAAAUGAUCUUCUAAUAAAACUGUACAUUUUUUUAAUUGGGUCACUUUUGUUGUUCAAAUUUCAGUGUAAUAGUGAAAUAAUAUAUGAGGAGAUCACAUCCAUCUAAUUAUUUUUUUCAUCAUAUUCUCCCUUAUAGUCUGGAUAACCACAGGUUUUUAGCUCAAUAAACUGUGCUAUGUAUAGACUACA